AUGGCUGCUCUUCGCUCGCUUUCCCGAGUCGCUGACCAUGCCUUGACCUUUCCUCCACCCACCCGACCGCUAUGCGACCAACUGCAACCGACGACCUUCGAUGCAUUUCCUACCUUUGGACAAACUGCAGGCCUUGCUGCCAAGCCUUCGAUGGCGCUGACGCGCUCGUUCCAGACGUCGACGAUCCAGGCCGUGCCCAAGGUGGCUGCUGCCAGUGCGCAGGGUGCUGGACCCUCCAAGCCGGCCGCACGCCGAUCGAUCUCGUCGUCCGCACCCGCCUCGAACGCCGGUCCGGAUGGUCCCGUCCCUCUGAUGUCCGUGGCGAACCGCGGCUCGAACCAGCUGUCGCUGGAGACGCCCAAGAACGGCGUCGAGUACGUGCUGUCGUCGAUGGACAAGAUGGCCAACUGGGCGCGCCAGUCGAGUUUCUGGCCCAUGACGUUCGGUCUGGCAUGCUGUGCCGUCGAGAUGAUGCACGUCGCUACGGCGCGAUACGACCAGGACCGUCUGGGUGUCGUGUUCCGUGCAUCGCCGCGUCAGUCGGACUGCAUGAUCGUCGCCGGCACGCUGACCAACAAGAUGGCUCCGGCGCUGAGGAAGGUGUACGACCAGAUGCCAGAGCCGCGCUGGGUGAUCAGCAUGGGUUCGUGCGCUAACGGAGGCGGAUACUACCACUACUCGUACUCGGUCGUGCGUGGAUGCGACAGGAUCGUACCCGUCGACCUGUACGUGCCCGGAUGCCCACCUACCGCAGAGGCUCUCCUCUACGGAUUCCUCCAGCUCCACAGGAAGAUCAGGAGGAACAGGAAGACCACUCUGUGGUACCGCAAGUAA